AUGGAAACUCAAAAUGAUCACUCAAAGAAAUCUGGGGCAAGCAGGAAGGCUCUGUUUGUGGUGAUGCGAUCACACAGCUUGUCUUGCAUGAACGGGAACAUGUGCGAACGACAUGGCGCAGGUUUUUGAAAGCUUAUAGCAUCAAAUGUGACUCUUAACGCUUUGAGUCUCGUCGAGCAUGCUGGUGAGCAAGAAUGAUGGGAAUAACACAGCAGUCAAACACCUUCAAAGACUGCACAUCACAAAUCCAAUUAACAUUAUGGUAUCUACACACCUUACAAGACAGCUCUUCUUCAGACCAUGAAGAAGUCCAGAGUAGGAGUCCAAAUUAGAUGUGGAAAGAGCCUCAGGACGACAAAGGCAUGAUAUGGAUAUUUUCAUUGGAGUUUGCCAAGUGGUAUUCCUUCUACUUUUUAACCUCAACCUCUGUGGCUGCUAUAGAGUUGUUUGUGCUGGAAGGUUGAAAGUAGAGUCGGACAUCAUCCACAUGGGCACAAGCUUGACUGUACACUGCCAAUCGAACACCGAACGCUGUGGCAGACAAUUUGCCAUAGAAAUUGAUGGACAGACAGUUUUUGAAAUAACUAAUUGCUCUGUUAUAACAACUGAGAUAACUGUCAAUCAGCCCAAUCCCAGGGUCCUCUGCAAGGUGAAGGAGAAUAAUAAAUGGCACUUAGUUUGCAGACAAAAUCUCAAGGCUGGCUAUCCACCAUCAAAACCAACAAAAUUUGCCUGUAUCACGCACCGAUAUUCAGAGUAUGUGAACUGCUCUAUGGGAGUCUUAACUGAAACACAUUUAUUGACAAACUACACAGUACAAUUUAAGCAUGAAAGGACAUCUCAGUCCCUCCUGUAUGAAAUAAAAAAUGGUCACGUUUCUAUUCCACGAUCUGUGUUUAAUGAGACCAUGACAUACCAAGUUCUUGUUAAGGGUCGUAAUGCAUUAGGAGAGGCCAACUCUACUUUUACCUUCUCAGUUUUGGAUAGCGUGAUUCCAAGCACUCCAGAGAUAACAAAGGUUGAGUUUAAAAACCGCUCCUUUAUAAUACACUGGAAAAGCGAUGACCCUUCAGUGAAACCAGAGCUAAGGUUCAGAAGCAUACACAAUAAUCAAGACUGGGGUCUGGGAUCAGUGAUAGAGCUUCAAGCUGGACUUAUACAAAUGCAGGAAAGCUUGGUGCCGUUUAUUCCCUAUCAGCUUGAGCUAAGAGUGUGCGUCACUUCAGCAAACUGCAGUAUGUGGAGUCGCACCUUCAAUAUAACUAUCCCUGGAAAAGCACCCACGUCCAAACUUGAUGUGUGGAGAGAUAUUACGAAAAACACUGUGGACCAGCAUCAGGAUGUUACAGUGUUUUGGAAGCCCUACACACCAGACAAUAACAGCGGAGGUUUGUUACAAUACAAGUUAUCUUAUAAAGAGAAAGGCAGAGUCCAUGAAUUGAACUGCUCAGCUUACGCCACUCAAUACACACUUCGGCUGUCUCUGGAAGUAACAGAGAUGAACGUCAGUGCUGUUACAUCCUCUGGCUCCUCCCCCUCAGCACCUGUCAACUUGAUAUAUACAGGUAAACCGGCCCCCAUCAUAACACAUUUAUCUCCAGCACCAGGGGGCACUGUGCGUUUAGGCUGGGACUUGUCUCAUUACAGAAAGGGUUUGGAAAGAAUUAUGGGUAUUGUAAUCCAAUGGCAACAGAGCCCAAUGGCUUUACAAUGGAAGAAAUUAGGCAAAGACUACAAUAAUACAUUCCUGGAAGGUAUGCAAGAUGGUGUCUUGUAUAACAUUUCAUUAUAUAUUGAAGAAGCCAAUGGAAUUUCAGACCCUGCAUUCGGUCAAGUUUAUUCAAAAGAAAAGAAGCCAUUAAUAGGUCCAGAUGUAUCAGUCAAUCCUGUAGGAGACAAGCACAUUCUCAUCGAAUGGAAAGAGUUAGAUCAAGAGAAUCAGAGAGGAUUUAUCACACACUACACCAUUUACUUUCAGAGACACAAAGACAAGAUGCUCCUUCACAACACAACGUUGCCUUCUGCAUAUCCUAGAUCUUUGAGUUGGAAGUUGCAGGAUCCGCUGGAAAGUUUUGAUGUCCUGGUCUCUGCGUGGAACUCUGCGGGUGAAGGACCCAAAGGAAAAGCCGCCACCUGCUAUAUUCACAGGAGCAUGACAUGUGGAAAGAUGUUUGAAACAAAUAAGAAUACAGAUAAAAUGAUAGCAGGAUUUUGUUUGGUGGCUGCUGUUCCUAUGGUGAUCCUUGCUAACCUGAUGUACCUAAAAUGUGUACGGCAAAGAAUGAUGAAGAUGUGUAUGUCAAUGGGAGUCUCUUGGCUUUUUGAAAACUUGCCGAAAUUUGAUAAUAGCAAUGCUAUAAAACUACUAAAGGAUGAGAGUUACAGUGGAUGGGAACCUCUUCCUAGGGACAUUGAUCCUCCCUUAACUCCUGUUGAAGAAGUGAAUCCAUCCUGGACGAGGCAAGAUUCUUACCCAACUGUGCUUCAUCAGGAUGUCCCAGAAAUACCCGUGGAGAGGCAAAGUUGUAUAGAAUGUCCCUAUAAGCCACAGAGAACAGAAGACGUCUAUGAGACAACAGAAGAAGAGGUCAAGGAGGAGGAGGAGGACCAAUUUUCCUUGUUGAUGUCUCCAUCACCCGUGCCUUAUGAUUUCAGUUGGGAUUUAACCAGCAUUCCUGUGAUAAAUAGCCGUCUCAAUAGCUUCUUAACUAUAGAUGGAGGUCUCGGAUCCUUAAGCGUUCUUGGAAGCUUCCUAUCAACCCCUCUCCCAGCCUUACAUAACGAUGAAGUAAUGGAGAAUGAUGGGAAGAAUAUGGAAGCAGAUGAGUUAGGACACAGUACUUUCAUAAGCCAAACUGUACACUGUAGUGACCUGGAGAGCUGUCGGAUUAAUUCCAGUCCAUACUCCCCACAAGGGAUUUGUUUUAGAUUUUCAAUCCCGGAAGAUGUUUAGGAGCUCUUUUUAAAGGAUUGCUUUGCAUAUGUCCUGUCAUUAGCAAACGUGCAUUUGUCUAAACAACGAUAAUCCCUAAAAAGCAGCAUUGCAAAAUGUUCUGCUUGUCUUUUCAAUGGAAAUUUGGGCAAGUACAUUUGAAAACAAAUCCAGGCACUUGCUGUGCAACAAACUAUGAAAUGUUUUGGUGCUGGUAUAGGAAAUUUCAGCACUCUUGGAAUGCCUGGUACGGGAGGACAGGAACUAACUGCUGUAUUGUACAAUGAUAUUUUAAUUCUGUGUGUGCUGAAAGAUAAUGAAUUGUAGUUUGAGCAUUUUAAACUAAUUAACCUUGAAAACCUAAAAAACUUGAAGAAUGUUUUAGGACUUGCACAAAGUGAAGAAAGAGACUUGCACCAUAAUAUACGUCAAGCAUUAUUUUUUGAUGAUUUUAUAGCAACAAGUCUCUAUGGUGCAUAUUGCUUCUUUCAGAAUAAAUGGUACAAAAGUUCUCACUGGGAUGGUACCUUUUUUAAAGGUCUCAUUAUGUACCUUUAAGCAAAAGAUAUGUACAUUUGAGGUACCAAUAUAGGCACUGGUUCCCAACUCCAGUCCUCAAGCCCCCAUAAUAUAUAAUAUAUAAAACACUUAAUUCGAUUCAUCAGCUUGUUAGAAUGUUAAUAAAGAAAACAUUUUACACAUUCUGGAAGGAGCCUGAUAAGUGGAAUCAGGUUUUUCAUAGUGAGACAUCCAAAACAUUCUGGGAUUGGGGCCUAAUGACUUGGGAGUUGGGAUUUGGAACCACUGCUCUAACAUACAAACGUGUACUUUUUGAAAAUGUACCGCCACAGUGACAACUUUUGUAUUUUCUUGUACUUUUUUAUUCUGAGAGUGUAUUAAAGACUUAAUCAAUCUGGACUUUUGGUUCUGUUUGCUGUAUAUAUGUUCAUGCUGAAAUUUGUAUUAAAGGGGACAUUUCACAAGACUUUUUUAAGAUGGAAAAUAAAUUCCCAGAG